AUGAAAGCACUUGUCUUGAAAACAUCGCUCAAAAAGGCAACCGUGGAGAAUGUCGAUCGCUCAGCUCCAGGUUCCCACGAGAUUCUAGUCAACGUGCGCGCGAUAGCCCUGAAUCCCGUAGACAAACUCUACGUUUCGUCGCCCAUUGCAGCACAAGAGAAAAGAAUUGUUGGUACGGACUUUGCUGGCGUCGUUGUUGAAGUUGGAUCCGAAAUCAGUGAUUCAUCUGAUCCCAGAGUCAAAGUCGGAACACGAGUCGCUGGUUUUCUACAGGGCGCUUCAUCUGUAAAAGAUCGUCCUGGAGCCUUUGCAGAAUUUAUCGCCGUCCCUUAUGAUCUCGUAUGGAAGAUUCCUGGCAAUCUGACCUUCGAAGAAGCUUCGACGAUCAGCAUGUGCGGCUUGACUGCUGCUCAGGCUCUAUUCAGACGUCUUGGCUUGCCAUCUCCAUUUUCUUUGGCGCCGAAAGAAACGUUCGGAGGCGAUACCAGAGUCACCCACCUCUUCAUUUAUGGAUCAUCGACUUCGGUUGGACUAUAUGCUGCACAGCUCGCUCGUAUCGCUGCCAGGGAAUCUGGAAAACCUAUUCGACUGAUAGGGGCAGCUAGCUCAUGCAAGAAUGAGAUGCUUCGGAAUGAUCCCUACAGCUAUGAUAUCCUUGUGGACUAUAGAGAUGAGGACUGGGUUCAAAAGGUGAAGGAUGCGACAAAUGGGAACGGCGUCGAUAUUGCGCUGGACUGUAUCUUGGAGGGCCAGACAGUAUAUAAAACCCACGAGACUUUGGCUCCUUCGGCGAAGCCCGCAGUCAUUCGACGCCCAGUUGGUGGGCAAUAUGAUUCAGCACUACUGGUUGUCAAGCCCGCCUAUGGUGCUGUCUGGGAAGGUCUUGGUGUUGAAGUUGGGUAUUAUAACGCUGUCAUCCCGGCGAAUCCAGAUGCGCAUGUAUUCGCAAAGAAGUUUUAUGACUUCUUGAGUAAGCCACUUCCAUCGGGCAGGGCGCAACUCGAGCCCAAUCCCGUGAGACUGAUGCCUGGAGCUCUUGAGAAAGUAACACCAGAUGCGUUUCGCCUUCUUGGCACCGGCUUAGUUAGUGAGAGGUCAAAGACUCAGCGACCAGAAGAGUACAUGCGCCCAAUUAGUGCUGAGAAGCUGGUGUAUAGUCAUUUGUUUUGA